AGGUACCACUGGACUUCCAAGCUGGGUGCAGCGAGUGGGCAGAGGUUCUGCAAUGAUGUCCAGCACCCCUUCGGGUCGGGCCCUCUGAGGACAGAGGUUCUUCUGAAGCCCCCCCUGCGCCGCAGUCCCCGCCCACGGAUUCUCCCCUCCAAAUCCCCCCCCCUCCAGUCGCCUCGCCCCCGCCCCUUAGGGAAGGCAGGCCGGGUGAGCGAGAGUCCUGAGCCGGCCUUAGCGGGAAGGAAAGACGCCGGUAUUUUUGGAGAAGUGAAAGGAAAACCCUGCGUCAACAACUCGCCAACUUUCGGUUUUGCGGGGAAAAGGGAAAUCAGCUGGUUUCUCAGAAAGCACCGGGAAGGGGGGGGGACGCGGCCGGAGGCUAUAUGAGGGCGGCCGGGGCUCGCCGGGCUCGGAGCCCUUCGGCAGCAAGAUGUGGAGCAAAGUGGCCCGCGCGCCCGCCGUGGCGCUCCUCUUGGCCGCCGGCGCGACGGCCGGCUUCACCUAUUCCCGCUCGGAUCCGCCGGUCCUGCCCGUCGUCGAGGCGGCGGAGAAGCGCUUGAAGCCCUCCUCGCCAGCCCAGAGCUCCCUGGCCGGCACGUGGGUCAACGAGCUGGGCUCCAAGAUGGUCCUCAACCCUCCCGACGACUCCGGCCAGUUCACGGGCUCCUACCUGACCGCCGUCUCCGCAGCCCAGAAGCCCAUCCGCGUCUCUCCCCUCGUGGGCGCCCAGCACGACCCGAAGGGGGCCGAGGAGGAGUAUACCUUUGGCUUCCUGGUCAACUGGUCGUUUUCAGACUCCAUCGCUGCAUUUGCGGGGCAGCGCUUUGUGGAUGACAAAGGGAAGGAGACCCUGGAGACAACUUGGCUUCUGCGGCAGAAGGUGGAAUCCCAUGGCGAUGACUGGGAGGCCACUCGGGUUGGCAGGAAUGUCUUCACACGAGAAGCAUAACAGGAUCCGAGAGACUCGCUUGCUGCUGCCGCUGCUCUCCCAUCUACCACCUGCAGGAAGAGGGCUUCCCUUUCCCUUCUUGAUCAAACAUUGAUAUAGAUUAUUUCUUCUACAAAAAUGCACCAUGGCUGUGACAGGCCCCCGUCCUCCCUCCCCAGCAAGUGAAGAAAGAGCUCUGGAGGCUCUGACCUGAACGGAUGAACUCAAGUGACAAGGAAGGAGAUUCCAACUAAACAUCGGUUAGAGUGAAGUCCAAAAACACAUCAAGGACCAAAACCAGUUUAGAGAAUCAGAUUAAAUAGAGAUGAAAAGUACAAAUAUGAAGGUAAUGUCUUUCUAGAAACUGUAUGUACAGAAUAUUUGUACUCCUUAAAUGAUUGUAUUGAACAAAUAGUUUUUUCUUUUUCUUUCUUUUCUUCUUGUUUUUCUUUUAAUCGCUAUGCAUAUUUUAGUCUGUGUUUUGAUUUAGAUUUUGGACUGUUGUUGCUGGUUGUCUUUUUUAUUUGCAAAAUUUUAAAACAAAAAAUAAACAUCAGGAAGAAUUCUUUGACAGCAA